AUGGCUUCGAUUUUAAGAUCUUCUAAAUUUGUGAGAUAUAUAGCAGGAUUCGCUAAAAAUAUUGUGGUUAACACACCUAGAGAAUUCGAUGGAAGCUUUGUUAUUGCUAACACAACACCAUGUAUAUGUGGAGUUCUUCCACGUUUUAGCAAUUUUGCAACACAAUCCUCUACUCUAACUGAUCAGAAUCUGGAGAGUAGUUUGAGAAGGAUAGAUCAAGAUGUGAGGAAAUCUGGUAGAAUAUCUCGCAGAGACAUUGAAGAUGUUUUAGAAGAAAUUCGAAAUGCUAGAUCAGCAACAAGCUCUCAAAGUCUUUUAGUAAUCAGAUGUUGUGGAAAUCUGGUUCCAGAAGAGUUACCAGAAACAAGAACCAAACUCGUACAAGAAAUAUGGAAUACUUUAAAUAGACUUAAUGUUUCUAUGGAUAUAUCUCACUACAAUGCCCUUCUUCGAGUGUAUUUAGAAAAUGAAUAUUCUUUUUUGCCUGUAGAGUUCCUCAGUGAACUUGAAAGUAAAGGAAUUGAACCUAACCGGGUUACCUACCAGAGACUCAUAGCAAAAUAUUGCCAGGAUGGAGAUAUUGAAGGAGCAACAAAGAUUUUAGAAUACAUGAGAGAAAAACAGAUUGCUGUUAAUGAAAAUGUAUUUAAUGCAUUGAUAAUUGGUCACUCAAAAUCUGGUGACAUGGAUUCGGCCCAAGGCAUAAUAAAUGUGAUGACCCAAGCUGGUUUGGAGCCAAGUGCUGAUACUUAUACUACUCUUCUUUGCGGCUAUGCAAAUAAAGGAGAUAUUGAAACUAUGAUGAAAAUCAUUGGAGAAUGUGAAACACAAGAAAUAUUUCUUCUUGAUAAGGAUUAUCUUGAUAUCAUAUUUUCCCUCGCCAUCAAUGGACACACUGGUCAUAUUCCUGCUGUCCUAAAUAAAGUACGCAAAGCUGUAGGCUACAACCAAGAUGCCAUCAACGUUAUUUUGAGGUUAAUCAACAAAGGAUAUGAAGAUGCUGCAUUUCUUAUCUUGAAAUCAAUGCCACGUGCUACUAGGGAUGAUGGUACACCUGUUCCAACUGGUAAUUUUUUUAUCAGACAACUGGUUAGAGCUAAUAGACCAUUAGAAAAAAUUCUAGAAUUCUGCGCUAAGAUAGAGAAAGAGGGCAUGUAUGAAAAUCCUCUUUUAUUAGCAACAGAAACCAGUUUGCAGAUCGGAAAUGAACAUCUAGUAUACCCACUCUUGGAAAACUUGAGGGAUUGGGGAAUCAAGAUCAGGCAACAUUUCUUUUGGCCCUUGAUCAUUGCUAAAGCUGAUGAUCCUACAGGACAAGAAAUCAUAGCAGUAUUGAGAAAGAUGCAAGAAUACCACAUAGUACCCAACAGCGAAACUUUACGAGAAUAUGUUAUUCCUAAUCUGAAUGGAAAUAGCAGUGAAAUACUAGCGUUGCUGAGGGAAGGUAAUAUUUCAGUGGGGAAUGCAGCUUCAAGUUUAGUUGUAUCACUGUUAUAUAAGAAUGAACUUGGAGAAGCUGAAGCCAUUGCAACAAGGGUGCAAGCUUAUUAUAAACCAGAUUUGAUUCGUAGACCCUUGACUAGCGCAUUCUACAAGACUGGAGAUAUCAAGUCCUAUAUUUCCAUAUUGAGAACUGUGUAUGAAAACAUCGAUCGAAAAGUAUCAACACUAUCUACUGAAGCUGAUCAAGAAGCUGACGAAUUUUCUGAUACAACUGAUAAAUCUGAGUUGGUUGGAAGUUUUGUACUUGAUUUGGCAACAAACCAAAGAAAAUUUGCGGAUUCCAUAAAUGAAGUUUUAGAGGAAUUAGUCAACCAUGGUUUGAGUAUUUCAGGCAGAGCAGCUGAGAAAAUAGAAGAAAAACUUGGUGAGAAGAUGACUGAUGAAAUUUCUGAUUUACUUGGUAAACUGACUUCUGGAGAAUUGACACCUACUCCAUUGCAAAGAAAACCUCCAUCAUAUGUUCCUUCACAUCAAAUGAAUGUAUCACAACUUGAAAGGCUCAUUGAGAAUUUGACACUGAAAAAUCAGGAUACAAAGGGAUUGAAACGACAACUUCUAACUCUUUAUUAUCGUGCGAAAGAUCUGGAAAAAACUGAGAAACUGAUUGAAGAUAUGCGACAAAGCCAAUUUCUCUUUACCAGUGGUAUUUAUGCCCAACUAUUGGACUUGUAUGCUUAUCAUGAUAAUGUAGAAAAGGCUGUUGAAUAUUAUAGAAAAAUUAAAGAAUGUGAAAAAGACAAUUUUGCCUUAGAUGACAUGAAAACCAUCCGAUUGGCACAUAUUCUAGCCAAAAAUGAUAGGUUGGAAGAAGCUGUGACAAUUUUGGAAAAUACUCCAAGAGACAAGAUACCGGAAGAAAGAAUAUUUGCUUAUAAUGCAUUGAUUUGGAGAUUUUUGAAUAGCAUGGCUGAAAAGGGACAAGUUGAUGAAUUGAACAGGGUAUUUGAUACUUUGUUGAAGAAGGAGUAUAUUGUUGCUAAUAACGUGUUGUUGGGGCCACUCAUAAAAGUGCAUAUUGUUAGAAAAGAACUGGAUAAAGCGCUGGAGAAAUUUGAAUGGUGCGUAAACCAAUACAAAGUUACUCCAUGGAAAAACGACUUGGCUUGUCACCUUAUACAACUUGAAGAUGCCGAAAAACUACAGAAAUUGACGGAUCUCAGCACCAAAGUACAUGGAGAAGUCAAUAGUCUCUAUGAUUUGGUAUUUGCAUUUGUUGAAUGUGGUAGAAUUAGACAAGCAAGGAAAAUAUUGGAAACUCCAGGAUUGCAAAAUAGGCCACAAAGAAUCAGCUCUGUAUGUGAGAGAUAUCGGCAAGAAGGUCAUGUUAAAUCUCUAGAAGGCCUCAAAGAUGCCACAAAAGAUCUGAAUCAUAUUGACCGUAGCGAUAUUUACCAACAACUCCUGCUCAGCUAUAUGAAGCAAGAAGAUGCAGACAAAGCUUUAGGACUUUGGAUGCAAAUGCAGGAAGAAGAUUUAGCACCAACAGAUAGUUUUUUGUCGACUCUUGGUGAAUUUUUGCAAAAAAGAGGUCUAGAAGUUCCUUUUGUCAUACCAGAGGAUGCGACUAAGACUACGGAAUCACCAACGUUACAGAUCAGCCCACAAGCCAUAUUUAGACAAAACCUGAGAGCAGGAAGAACUGAUGAAGCCUUGAAAAUCAAAAACAGCACAAAGGACCCAAUUUCUACUAAUGAUCUAUCCCAACUCAUCGAAAAAUUGCUCCAAAGUGACCGUCUGAAGGAAGCCUCGCAGGUUUGCUUAGACAUCUUAAAUAGAGGCAACUUCCCAGUGAACAGGGUAUUCAGGUUUUUAUUAAACAAGCUAGCAAGCAAUGGAGAUGUGGAAACUUUAUCAUUGAUUGGAUCUAAAAUUGGUUCGGACGAUAAAAAACUUGUAUCAUUCGACAAUAGAAUAUGUCAUGCCAAUGUAAUGGCAGGCAGGGCCAAAGACUAUUUGGAUAAGUUGGAGAAAGAUGUUGAUGAAGCUGGGCCAGAAGAUAUGAAACUAUUGAGUGAGGCGUUCCCGAGAGGUGGAGCAUAUGGAGUAUUGGAGAAGUGUCCAGAACUUGAACAACAAUACCGGGCGUAAAGUGGCAAUUUAUCGCCCGGAUUCGCAGGCGUAAAGUAGCACUUCUGCGCCCCAGAUCGAUAAAGGAGUACAGCGGGCGGUUAAGUAGUCCGGCGGUAAUUUUUUAUUUAUUUUUCUUUUAUUACUUUUUUUAUUCCGUAUCUCAGGUACAUAGUUUACAUUUCUCAAUUUCAUUAUAUUAGUUUAUGGUAUUACCUAACUAUACUAAAUAUUAUCAGCACAAUGGAUUUUGAAAUCUGUGUGUGUUGAUUAUUAAUCAACCCUAUUUCAAGAAACUAUAGAUAAAUAAAUAUAUAUAAUAAGAAACUUAGUAAAUGUAAUUUCACUGUUCUUCCAGUAAUUUCUAGUGGACUACCAUUCCACCUUUCUUCGCCAGGCACAGUGGCAUACAUAAUCUGGACAAAUGAAUUUAAAAUAAUUAAUAAAUUCCAUAUUGACAGUAAAUAAAUGUCUGAAAUGGUCAUGCCUAAAAUGUUGUUCGGGCGUAACUUGCUUUUAUGGACCUAGGCGUGUUGAUAACCCUCGCUGUCGCUAAGGCAUUCCUUAGGCGUUCUUCUCAAUUACGGGGUGAUUUGAACAUCGUCGCUAACAGUAUAGUUUCCUUAUAUUUGCCAUAUCAGUACGUUUUAUCUCGAAAGGUCCACUGGCCAUAAUACUACCAGGCCCAUAUAAUUUUUAUGUACCUGAGCAAUGUCAUCUGAUUUUGGCCAAACAAAAUUAUUCAAUUCUUGUUUCAAAAGUUUCAUUAUGAAUACGUUCUCACUCACUAUUCCGAUGAUUCUACCGAAUCGAUUCAAAAAUAACAAACAUAUAAUUUCAACCAAGAUAAUAAUAGUAUUGAUAAAAUUAGACAGAGUGAUUAAUCAAAAAUAAUCACUCCGUGAGAAUAUAUCAUAGAAAUAAUGAAUAUAGACAAUAAGUAUUCCUAUGGUCUACACCUGCUUUAAUGUUGAAGUAAUUUUUUUGCAAAUUGAGUAGCGCCCUCUGAACUUGAAAUAUUAACUGUCUGCAACACGAAUCCACUUAUCUGUUCUCUGGCGAAGAGCUGCCGUUCGCAUAUGUGACUUAUUCUUUUAAAUUCAGUUUUAUUUGAAAUUAUCUAAUAUCAAAAAAGUAUGCCACAAUAUGAUCAAG